ACACAGUGUUAAUCCUAUCAAAGCUGCCUGUUCCUUUGCAUCUGUGCUGACUCAGCUAAAUGAGCGCUGCUGAUGCUAUAUGCUCCAUCCUUCACUUUUUCACUUUGUUUUUGUUUGUCUUUGUUCAGGUUAUCUUUCUCUAGACAAGUGGACAUUUGAAAAGUAAAAAUGUUCAUCAAAAGUUUAGUUUUGUUCAAGGACAGGGAAAUAAGUGUGUAUGUGAGGCGUGGGCUAUUAUCCCUCCUCUAAUCUCUUUAUCUUGGCCCGGCCGAUCGCCUGAACGCUUCUGCUGCAUUCUGAAAAAACUUUGCACGUUUCUUUGUGUGUAUUUAAAAGUUGUUUUGAGUCGUAAAGACAGGGGGUAGGGUGCACCUCUGUUUCAUGGGCAAUGGCUUCACUGGGCAGACUGCGGCUGUAGAAGACCUCAUUGGGCACGUUAUCAUUUGACAGCAGAGAAGCACCUGAUGGCCAGAGUAACGCCGCUAGACCCGCCCAACCUGGGUUUUGAGGAUAUGGAAGGCGAGUUAAACUUGGCUGUGGCAGACAGGCGUGUCAAACUUUUAUUCAACAUCAACAACAGCAACAACAAAAAGGAAAAGAAGAAGAAAAAGAAAGAGAAGAAAAAGUAAGUUGGGUUUGCUGUCUGGUUCUUUGCUGUCUCUGGUUGUUGUUUGAUUCCUCCACAGCAAGGAGAAGAAGAAAGAGGAGAAGAAAGAGGAGGAAACGAAGGAGGCAGUUGUGCAAGAGAUCACUGUCGUGGACCCGGCAGGAAACACGUAUUAUCACUGGCUGUUCAUCAUCACGGUUCCUGUUAUGUACAACUGGACCAUCAUCAUCGCCAGGGCUUGCUUUGAGGAACUGCAGACGGACUAUGUGCUGUACUGGUUCCUUUUGGAUUUUUGCUGCGAUUUGCUGUACCUCGCCGACAUGGUCUUCAGAACUAGGACGGGCUACCUGGAGCAGGGUCUUCUAGUGAAGGAUGAGCAGAAGCUGCGUGAGCGCUACUCCGAGAGCUUCCAGUUCAAAUUGGACCUGCUCUCUAUGAUCCCUACUGAUGUUCUGUAUGUUCUUCUGGGCCUCAACUACCCUGAGAUCCGCCUCAACAAGCUGCUGAGGUUCAACAGGAUGCUGGAGUUCUUCCAAAGGACUGAGACCAGAACUAGCUACCCCAAUGCGCUGCGGAUCUCCAACCUGGUCAUGUACAUCGUCAUCAUCAUCCACUGGAAUGCCUGCCUCUACUACUCCUUUUCCAAGGCCAUUGGUUUUGGUUCGGACAGGUUUGUUUAUCCUAACCCCGCAGAUCCAGAGUUUGGACGCCUGGUAAGAAAGUACGCUUACAGCAUGUACUGGUCCACGCUGACGCUAACCACAAUCGGCGAAACUCCACCCCCUGUCGAGAACUCUGAGUACUUCUUUGUGGUCACCGACUUUUUGGUAGGCGUGCUGAUCUUUGCCACCAUUGUGGGCAACGUGGGCUCCAUGAUCACCAACAUGAACGCUGCCCGCGCCGACUUCCAAGCCCGCAUCGACGCCAUUAAGCAGUACAUGAGCUUCCGCAAGGUAACAAAGGACCUGGAGAAGCGCGUCAUCAAGUGGUUUGACUUCCUGUGGACCAACAAGAAAGCGGUAGAUGAACGGGAGGUGCUCAAGUUCCUGCCAGACAAACUGAGAGCGGAGAUCGCCAUCAACGUACACUUGGACACACUUAAGAAGGUGCGUAUCUUCGCCGACUGCGAGGCGGGGCUUCUGGUGGAGCUGGUGUUGAAGCUACAGCCUCAGGUCUACAGUCCCGGGGACUACAUCUGCAAGAAGGGCGACAUCGGUCGCGAGAUGUACAUCAUCAAGGAGGGAAAGCUUGCCGUGGUGGCCGAUGACGGCAUCAAACAGUUUGUGGUCCUGAGUGAUGGAAGCUACUUUGGGGAAAUCAGCAUCCUGGCCAUCAAAGGCAGUAAAGCAGGAAACAGACGGACAGCAAACAUCCGGAGCAUCGGUUACUCCGACCUUUUCUGCCUUUCUAAAGAUGACCUGAUGGAGGCACUAACUGAGUACCCUGACGCCAAAGCCUUGCUGGAAGAGAAGGGGAGACAGAUCUUAAUGAAGGACGGCCUGCUGGAUCUGGAGGUUGCGGCACAGGGUCCUGACCCUAAGGAGAUGGAGGAGAAGGUAGACCGAAUGACUUGCACCCUCGACGUACUGCAGACGCGUUACGCUCGUCUUUUGGCCGAACACGAAGCUACUCACAGCAAGCUCAAACAUCGCAUCAACAAACUGGAAAGGAAGUUACCGCCGCCCCACCCUGUCCAGCCAGACCAUGAGCCAACCCCAACUCCUGAGACACAGCCCAGCAAAUAACAAACAUGUUGUUGAUGUCUGUUAUAGUAUGUAUCUACAAAGGAGGGCUAGGGACUAUGUGCUAUUCCUAGCACAUAGUCCCUAGGUAUAGUAUCAUUUCUAGCAUAUUGCUUCCCACUUCUGUGUGCUACGGAAAACCAUGAUUUGUUAAUUCGAAAAAUCCAAAAUAAAGGUUCUAAACCCUGGUGGCCCACAGGCUUUCAAUCCAGGCUGAAUUGGGAUGAAAAAGACGGAAUUUUAUUGGCAAUAAAUCUAUUGUGAAUUGGUAA